AUGGCUGGAAGGAGUGAUUCAUCAGCACCACAUAAACCGGCUCCAUUAGUUGCGCCUCGCACGAGGAAAGAAAUUGUUGUUCGCAAACGGCUGAAGCCCAAGCCUAAGUUGACAGGAGAAUUUGCUACGUCGGACUCGGUUUACUACCGCAAGACUGGCAACGAGUCAGUCGUCGGGUCUGGUACUUACGGUAAAGUGUACAAGGCUGUUCAUGUCUACACUGGAGACAAAGUUGCACUCAAGAAGAUAAGAAUGGAAGGAGAGCGUGACGGCUUUCCAGUGACGGCAAUCCGCGAGAUCAAACUUUUGCAAUCUCUCAACCACACCAAUGUGGUGAAAUUGCAAGAAGUCAUGGUCGAGCGCAACGACUGUUUCAUGAUUUUCGAGUACCUCUCACACGAUUUGACCGGAUUGUUAAACCAUCCGUCGUUCGCGUUGACCGAAGGACACAAGAAAGAUCUUGCCAAGCAACUGUUCGAAGGUCUCGAUUAUCUUCACAAGCGUGGCGUUCUCCACCGCGACAUCAAAGCAGCCAACAUUCUUGUGUCUCGCAAUGGUGAGCUGAAGUUAGCUGACUUUGGCCUUGCACGGUUCUACAAUAAGAACGCGAAACGAAAGCAAGACUACACCAACAGAGUCAUCACCAUCUGGUAUCGCUCGCCUGAGUUGUUGUUGGGAGAGACGCAGUAUGGGCCGGCAGUCGAUAUCUGGUCAGCUGCUUGCGUCUUGGUUGAGAUCUUCACCAAGCACGCCAUCUUCCCAGGAGACGGUGGAGAGAUCAACCAACUCGACAAGAUCUACAACGUUCUCGGUACCCCGUCACGCUCGACUUGGCCAGGAAUAGUAGACCUGGCUUGGUACGAGCUUCUACGGCCAGCGCACAAGGUGGCUUCGACCUUUGCUGAGAAGUACCAAGAACGUGUAUCACCAGCAGCAUUUGAUCUGUUGAGCGCCAUGUUUGUCUUUGAUCCCGAUACGCGACCGACUGCAAGCGACGUAUUGGAGCAUCCGUACUUCACGACAGAGGAGCCAAAAGCAAGCAAGGUUGUGGAACUGAAAGAUCUGGAAGGUGAUUGGCACGAGUUCGAGAGCAAAGCAUUACGCAAGGAGAAGGAGCGUGAAGCAAGAAGAAAGGACAAGGAGAGUGCAGAGAAGCGAAAGCUUGAAGGGUCGGCGAACGACGAGAGAGAGCUCAAGAGAGUGAAGACUGGCGAUGAACAAGCAUAG